AUGUCCUGCCCUCCCUACUGCGCCUCCUGCCAGCAGAAGCUCGUCAAGAAGCCGCAGGCUGAGAAAGCCUUUUGGGAGGAGAUUCAGAGCUUUCAGGAGACAAUGAAGAGCUUUCGGGAGAAGAUCAAGGGCUUUCAGGAAAAAAAAAUAAUCAGAGAUUUCAAGAUGGCCAUCCAAGCCUUCUGGGAAGAGGAAAAGCCCACUUGGGAGGAGGAAGCUGCCUUUCGGGAGGAAGAAAAGGCUAUUCGGGAGGAAGCAGAAGCCUUCUGGAGGGUGUAUGGUGACUUCUGGAAGGACUGCAAUGCUUUCUGGAAGAAGGAUAAGGAUUUCUGGAAAGAAGGUCAGCUCCUCUGGGAGAAAGACGGAGUCCUUCUGGAUGAGGACAGAGUCCUAUGGGCAGAAGCAGCAGCUCUGGGGGCAGAUGAAACGACUCUCCUGGAAGAGGAAAGAGCUCUCUGGGAAGAUGAGGAGGCCCUCCAGGAAGACAAAAAAAUCAAGGAGCAUGAAAUGUUGAUCUGGGAGGAGGCCUUUUGUCCCGAGAGAGAGGAUAUCUCCAAGGAUGCCACUGUCCACAGGGGAAAAGCAUAA